GAGAUUUGGCAGUUACGUUUGUGGCAGUUACGAAACCCGCCGCCACCGCGCCGCCGUCGUCGAUGCACCCAUCGUCGUCGUACCAGCGGCGCGAAUACGAUGCAAAUACCAAGCAGUGGAUGAAAGAGGCGUUGGUGAGUCGCGAAGUGAUUGACGACUUGGAAGCUGUGAACCGGAAACUCCAGCAUGAACUUCUACACAAGACAAGAACGCUUGAGGCGAUGGACGCGUGUGUGUCGUCUCUCGGUGUGUCAGCCAAGGUGAGGUCGGCCAUGGAAGCCAAGGCGGCGACGGCUCUGUCCGAGGCCACCGAGGACACGUCGACGCCGAGGCGGUCUCCUCGGAAGCCUCAAGACGCAUUGGUCCGCGGUGGUCCUGGGAACAAGUUCUCCUACAGCAGCGAAGACUACACCAACUACGUCGAUCAGUACAGUCCCCCCAAAGACCACGAGAAGAUUUCAAAUCCAAAGAAGCCGUUGCCAUCGUCCGACGUGAAGGUGUCGUCGCCUCGUCGACAGAAGCACGACCCUCAAGUGUUUGGAAGUACCAGUGACGCCAACAAGUUUCAUCACGGCAGCUCCGAGCACUUGAUGAUCGUGGAGCAGCACAGCCCCAAGAGGACACGAGAAGUGACCGAGUGCCCAAAGAUGGAACAAGCGUUCAUCUCUGGUUCAGACUCGUAUCAACAGACUGCUGCGUAUGCAAGCAGCUACCCAGGCCAGACGGAACGCAACGACUUUGGACGAAGUUGGCCCUUUCACCGAGAAGAGAAAGCCCUGCAAGAGUCGAAAGACUUGUUUGGGAAUCCCCGCAAGCCGCCUGGCAACCACAUUCCGCUCUCCGCGUAAGGACCUCCUAUGUUUCAACGUUCCGACGUUCACAUGCCAUUGAUGGGCGGUAACACGGGAAGUGUACAGGGCCGAGACGGACGCCAUCGAUAAACUCGUGCGCGACAGCCCCAGGAGGAAAGGCAACAACCACCACUUUGUAGACUUCCAUGGCUACAAUAGCUAGCUCGCGAUCUUGGAUUCGAACUUAAGAUCGUUACGUACUUAAUCGACUUUCAAAAGUCGUACAUAGGGAGG